AUGGAUGAAGAACUGGAAGAGAUCACUACGCGUCGGACGCGUCCAACGCGUCAUAUCAAGGGUCUCAUGAAACAGUCUAUUCUCCCCAGUCCCACAUUUCGAUUCAUCAUCCCGGCUCGCAUCCGAAGCAAAUCCCACAGUGAUGUGGUUUUUAUCAGUGAGCGAUGCAUCCAGAUCAAAGAGGCGGUCGCCUUUGUGGAGCUGGAUGCUGUAGCUGAAAUCAAUCUGGCCGGCAUGACUGGAUCUAUCCUUGGAGCACAGGUCAUCGGUGUGCAUCCUCAGCUCCCCCGCGACUCGUCAUUCAAUCCUGGUAGCUCUGUGGGAAAUGAGAUUGAUCUAGAUCUUGACAACUCACCGGCUCAUAUUCUAGUUCUGGCCUUGGAUGAAAGGUUUCUUCUGUUCAUUUACUACUCAACUUCAUGCGCUUCCUUCCUUACCUACUACCGGCCGAUGCCAAGUGAAGUCAAUCUCUCUGAGAAGUAUGGCGCGCACCUGGCUGUGGAUCCCAAGUCUCGCGCAGUUGCUAUCGGCGCAGCAACCCAAUACUUUGGCAUGCUUUGGCUCAAGUCUCCUGAUGAUCUGCAACAACAGAUAGCUGGGGACAAAUUGGAUCCGAUAAGUGAUGAAAGGUUCUACAUGGCAGGUGGUGAUAUUCUCUUCAUGGAAUUCCUAUAUCCUCAAUCAGCUGAUGACAAGAGGAUCAUCUUGCUUCUCAUUACCUGCCAGGAUGGAGUGGGGAAGGCCGUGAUCUACGAAUGGAAAGAGGGCCAGGGCACGCGACGUCCAGAGAUCAAGGAGAUCAAGCUCCGAGACCAGGACAGAUUGCCGACCAUGGUUGUUCCAUUGACCAAGGAAUCUGCCUUUCUACUCAUCACACCUACGUCCAUGAUAGUCUACCAGACCCAUGACUUGACUACACCCAAGAGGUAUCCCAGCAUUCUGCCAGACACGCAGCCUGACCGAGCUGGGUUGUGGACCCGUUGGGCGAGACCAUCGCGCAAUUUGAUGUACAGCAAGCACUAUGAUGGGAUCUACCUCUGUCGAGAAGAUGGUUGGAUUUACUAUCUGGAGUUUGGAAAUGAGGCCGAACUCGAGAGCCAGACCUCGUUGGGCCAGCUAGAAUGUGGUGUUGACAAUGCCUUCGAUGUCCUGGAUGUGGGCCACGAGGGUGCUGAUUUCAUCCUCGCAGCUGGAGAGACCGGCGACGGUGGUCUCUUCAUUCAGGAGGCUCGAGAUCAACCAAAAUGUGUGCAGCGGUUCCUUAACUGGGCUCCGAUGCUCGAUGCAGUGGUUGUACCCUCGGAAAUAUAUGACCCCUCGGAGAAAGACAUAGCGCACGAUCGAUUGUUUGUCUGCUCCGCAUCCACUUCGGGCUGUGGGUCAAUCACGGAGCUUCGACAUGGCAUAGAGGCGCAAGUGGGCGUGACAGCUCCCCUCGGUGAUCUGUUAAGCAUUCGGGACAUGUGGGCCAUGACCAACGACGUCAAUGGCGGCAUUUAUGUUCUUCUCUCCCAUCCUAUGUCUUCCGUGCUUCUCUUUAUGAACCCCGAUCUCGAAGAUGGUAUCAGUGCCCUUGAUGAAGAGGAAACGGGGCUAGACACCGCCCAGACACUAGCAGCUGGAUGCACGCCCUCCGGAGUGAUUGUUCAGGUCACUGAAAAAGCAAUCCACCUAUUUGUUCCCCACCAACUAUCGUCAAACACUCGCGUCCAGUAUGAGCCCCGCGAUGCGAUUAUCACAGCCGCUGUCGAUGGCCCGGGUUCUCUGGUGGUUUCUGCAUUUAGACGUUGCAAUGAAAUGAGUCUUCAUUUCGCUCGGAUAGACCCGAUUGGGGAGACUGUCGGUAUAUCAAAAUUCGGCGAGCCUCUCAAUAUUGACAAAGAGCCCAUCUGUCUCUUGAUUCAGGCAUUUGGAGAUGGAGUGUUUGUCUUUAUGGGCACUGGCAAGGGAACGCUUCUUAUCUUCUACAUUGAGAAUGACACCGCCACAUUUCUUAUCGACGUCAAAAUUUCAAUUGAUGUCGCAGACGACAUUUCUCUGGCGAUCGAGAGCCUUGCGGUCAUCCGGACUGCCUCGGGUGGAUCUCUGCGCGCCAUCCUAUUCUGCGGUCUGCGGAGUGGCAUACUCGUUCCAUUCGAGAUCGAUUUUAAUGCUUCCUCUAUCAUCGGGCUGAAACAAAAGAAGCCACGACGCUUUGGGAGAACUGCCCUGAGGCUCCAGAGUAAAGAUAACUAUGCUCUGUUUACUUGUGGCACUGAGUUCUGGCGUGUGGCCUAUGGCCCGGGCGACAGUCCGCCCGAUUUCUUCUUUUGGCGGGUUUGGAUCACAGAUCAGAACAAUCCUGCUUACUUUCCCGUGACGCUCUACGGUUUUGAACUUGUCAAAAACCCCGGGAUAGGUUCAGGACUCAUGUCCAAUUGCCUUUUCUGCUUUGCAGAUGGAGAGCUUCUGCUGUGCGCCUUCGACGAAAAGGCCAAACCCGUCCCUCGGCGGAUUGGUCUACCGGGCAAUGCCAAAAGACUCACUUAUUCGAAAGCACUGCGCAGUCUCAUUGUGUCCUAUACAAUCGACAGCACCGAGGAUCCCCAGAGUCCCUUUGAGCGCACUGAGCAGUCCUAUAUCGAGUUCGUGGACCCAGAGUCGCAGGUCCCUGUAGCCCAUCGAAGCAGGGCUGCUAUGAAUAACGAUACUGAGCCAUGGAGACCUCAAUCGUCUAUGGGAGAGAUUAUCACUUGCAUUUUCGACUGGACUCCCCAGCGUGACGGUCAGGAAUAUCACUUGAUCGCGAUUGGCACUUCGUUCGUGGACCUUCAAGAUCAGACCCGACGCCGUGGCCGGGUAGUCCUGCUAAAGGCUGCUCGAGAUCCUGAAAAUCCUUCCCGGAUUGACUGCUUUCACAAACACAUGCAAGUGAUGCCCGGGCCAGUUCAUUGCAUGGCAUCUUACCUUGAUAGUCUGCUCGUUGGCACUGGACGUUCGGUUGUACCAUUGACAUCCAGCAAUUCCUCCACGAGAUGGACUCGCGAUGCCGAAAUCCCCCUGCCCUCUCCAGCCAUAGCGUUGUCAGUGCACCACAACCUUGUGAUUGUUACAACCUCGCGACACUCGACGAUGAUUUACAUUAUCGCCGAUGGCACUUUAGUUCGGCGCGCCACGGGUGUGGCCAAGCAUGAUGGCUUGUCCCAUUGCUUCGAUACCGACAACCCGAGCCUCAUGUACGUGAGUAUCAGAAGCGGCACUGUCCAGAUGUUCCAAGACAUCGAGGAUAAACUUGACGAUCAAACCCUUCCACCCUUCCUCGGCAGGGCAGAGCUUCCUGUGUCACUGAACAGGCUUGCUCUUGGCUCUAGGGUCCCAUCGUUCUUCCCGGCUAGGGCUCCGGUGUAUGGCUUCGGCCUCAAUGGCUCGGUCUACAAGUUGGUCGCUCUCGAGGAGCCUGAGACAAAACUCCUCCGUCUCCUCCAGAACUUGUACCAAAGGGAUACAAGCAUCUGGCCAUCUUCGUCAUCGCGCAGGAUGUAUACUCCAUCCCUUUCUGCCGCUGUCAUGGCUUCGGACCAAGGGUUUGAGGUCGAUGGAGAUAUCCUGGAUUCUCUGGCCAAGCGUGGUCCGGAAUACCUUCAGAACUUGAUCAUCUCACAAGAUGCAGCUACUGAAUCGUCUGUUGUUCUGGUCGACUGGUUCCGUGAGGCAGCCUAUGCUGUGUUGGGGGAGUCACCUAAUCAUUAUGAGGUCGUCAUAGGAUGGUUGCGGCAAAUGGUGCAUGUCGAGAUGUGA